AUGGACCAAGUUACAGGUGCUUUGAACGAAGCUUUCGCGUUAGGCAAAAACAAAUUGGGCAAGCCGGAUACGGAAAAGCUAUCGGGAGAACACGCGUAUCAAGAUCCGGUCACUAAACAAUGGUAUACAGUGCCGGCUGGUAGUAGCGCUUCGGUGGUGUCUACUCAGAGUGGAUGGAGCUACCCACAAAGCUCGAGCGGACAUAGUCAGCAAUUUGGUGCUCCCAUGACCCCAACCGGAAUUCAUGGUCAAUGGCCCGACGGUUCCAGCGGAUCUUCAAGUUAUCUCGCUCCAGGACCGUCCGCCGCCCCCUAUGGAACUUCUCCCGUUGAUCAAUGGUCUGGCGCCCCCAACAGUUCUUCAGUCUACCCGGCUCUGACCGCGCCCAUUGCUCCCUAUGGGACUCCUCCCGUCAAUCAGGCGCCGUCGAGCUAUGGAGGACAGUCUCCUCCAGUUCAUUCUCACGAACCCCCUCCCUAUUCUUACGCUCCGUCUACUGCACCAACACAUCACUCGGUAUCACAAGGCUCGUACGACUCAAACGCUUUCCAAGGUCAACAGUACAUUACCCAUCAGCCCCUUCAGUUCGACUGGCAAGGUCAAAGUCAAACCCCUUUGUCCAAUACCAAUCUUUCUGAGCGACUUUGGGGGGAGGUCCCUCUUGAAGGGCAGCCCGCCCCAACUCAAUCACCAUUUCACCAAGAUGGCAAUGGACAAGGCUCGCAAGGUUAUCCGCCCAACCAAGCGCAACAGGGUGCCCAGGGGUUUCCUCCCGUACAAAACGUUCAGUGGGGACAACCGCCUCCUUCCGCGCAAUUUGGUCAGUACGACCAACCGCCGCCUCCGCCUGCGGGUCCUGCAUCGCAGCAGAAUCCUCAACCUGGAUACUGGGGCAAUGGCUCGUACUGACCAGAGGUGUAGUCGAAGUGAUAAAGACAGACCGAAUCUGUUGUAAUGCUAGGCUUGUUUUCCGAUUUAU